GAACUACCAUUUUGCUUGCACCAAGUCAAAUGGAAGAGAAAUGGAGUGCAAACAAUGACCAUUAAGUCGAGUACGUAUAUUUCCGAUCGUAUUGAAGUCACAUUUUAACAGAUGGAAAAAUAAUGCUACAAGUUAAUGUUUCCUUUUCACUUGUAAGAGUUUCUUAAAGAAUCCUUUUACGUGGAGAACUGUGUCUUUACAUGAUCGCCGAUAUUGCUUUUGCUCAAAAGUCUUGGUAGUGUUUAUGCCGAUGAACUAAAAUGGCGGGAUAGCUGGUCAUUUAUCGUCACAAAACGUGGCUAGAAAUACUCAGAGAAACAUCAUCACGCAGCAGACAUAUGGAACUGGGGUGAGCCUGUCACUGCUCGUUCUACAGUUCCUCUUGUUCCUGCUAAACAAUCUCAAUGUGCUUGGGAUGACAGUGAAGAAUCAAAGCGAAGAAGAAUGUUUUGUGAUAAGUUUGAAGGCUAUGGAAGUGUAUGCAGUUGUAAUAAUCCUGCUGCAAUUGAAAUUAAAACAACACCGUUGAAGUUAGAAAAAGUUCAAGACAUUCCUGUUGCUGUGAUUGCUAGUAACAGGCCACAUUAUCUUUAUCGUGGCUUACGGUCAAUGUUGUCAUCUCAUGGAGCAAAGAAGGAGUUAUUUACUGUAUUUAUUGAUGGAUUCUUUGAAGAACCAGCUGCUGUGGCAAGGCUAUAUGAUGUAAAAGUCGUACAGCAUAUUCCUAUUAGCAGUAAGAACGCUAGAAUAUCACAGCAUUACAAGCGAACAUUGACAGAGACGUUUAAUGCUUAUCCCAAUGCUGGGUAUAUGAUUAUUUUGGAAGAAGAUUUAGACGUAUCUGUGGACAUAUUUAGUUAUUUUAAUCAAUUUUUGCCUUUAAUGGAUACAGAUGAAAGUCUGUACUGUAUAUCGGCGUGGAAUGAUCAGGGUUAUGAUCACACGUGUAAUGAUCCUGCAAUGUUAUAUCGUGUAGAAACAAUGCCUGGUUUAGGCUGGUUGCUCAAACGACGAGUUUAUAAAGAAGAACUUGAGCCAAAAUGGCCAACCCCUGAUCUCUUUUGGGAUUGGGAUAUGUGGAUGAGGAUGGACAGCAACAAAAAGGGACGUGAAUGUAUCAUUCCGGAUAUCUCAAGAACCUACCAUUUUGGCGCCAAAGGCCUGAAUAUGAAUGUAUUUUUUCAAGAAUCCUAUUUCAAAAAACAUACGUUGAAUACUGAACCUAACGUUAAGUUUAAUGUUGGAUUGUUGAAAAAAGAAAAUUAUGAGAAGGAGAUUGAACGGCUUGUAGGGUUGGCAGAACACAGUUGGAUCACAGUAAAAACCCUUGCAAGAACGAGAAAGACUUUGUUCCAGAAACAUCUGAUAAAACAUAUAUAUUUUAUAUUGAAAUGAAACAUGCUAACGACUGGACAACAUGGAAUAAUAUAGCGAGAUGUUUACGAAUCUGGGACUUAGAUGCUCGAGGAUUUCAUAAAAGCAUGUGGAGAUUAUGGUUAAAGGGUAAUCACGUGUUAAUUGUUGGAUCACCGACUUCACCUUACGCCAAACAUAAACCAAUUAACGUAAAACCUAUUUUCAUUCCUAAAAAAUCGGAGACUGCGUGAUCAUCUUUGAUUAGAGAUAUCAUUCGUUUAUCAUGCGGGAUUUAAGCUAAAUGAAUGUGGGGAAAUCUUGAAGUUUAAAAAACUUUAAUGUAAAUGUGAUUGGAUAAAUUUUGAUCAUGGUUUGAUCAAGGAAAUGAACUCGUUGAACAAGGAAUAUAAGAGAAAAAGAUAACUUUCAAUUUGUUCAGUUUUACUGUUAAUAAUGUAAUUUUAAGGAUUACAACCACGGAAAAGAAACAAUCGCGCUUUUCCCACAAAACAUUUACCGCAUUUGAAAGUCCUGCUAUCGUUACAUCGCUAAAGAUAAUUAUUUGAAAACGAACUUACCUCUCAUUCUUUCCCUUUGUCCCAUCCUAUUAGGAUUGCUAAAAUGAAUCACUUGCUACCAUUUAGUUCUGUCAAUAAAAUUCUCUCGUUAAAUUAUUA